AGAAAGGUCACACCAUCCCCCAGCGUCAUCAGAGUGAAGAGAUCAUUGAGAUUAAAGAUGAUGAUGAUGAAGAAGAGACUAUGGUGAGUCCAGCUCAGCGGCCUGUGGAGGAGGGGCAGAUGACUAUGGAGAGUAAACAGGAGGAACCUCCCCUUUAUAUUGACAUAAAUGGACAUUAUGUUCAAAAUGUCAUGAAGUUUAUAUCGCACGAUUAUAAACCAAAAGGCAAAGUCCUCAAACAAUAUUCUCCGAAACUGAACCGCAUUCCCGAAAAUAUGGUUUACAGACCCCGCCAAUUGCAGACCUCAGUGGGUCCCCGUAAUACCGGGAAACCUUCUGAUAGAUCCCACACUAUGACUUCAGCUGUCAAUCAAGGUUCUCGCAGUGCAGAUCGAUCGACAUCCACAUCUUAUCCCAAGAAAUCUUCUUCAAGCCUCGAAGAUGCUUCCAACGGUGAAGGUUCUUUUUCCUUCUCCUGUGUAGUGUGUAAUUUGUCUUUCACCAAUAGAAUCGCCCUUCUUACACACCAGAGAAGUCACUUCACCGAAGGCUCCCUUUUCUGUUCCGAGUGCGGGAGAAGUUUUACUAGGAAUUGCGACCUUCUCGCGCACCAUAGAGUUCACACAGGAGAGCGUCCUUUCAUAUGUUCGGAGUGUGGAGUGUGUUACUCCAACAAAAGAUACCUCAAUAAGCAUAUGAAAGUUCACACUGGUGAGGGCGCUCACCAAUGUCCAGAGUGCGGGAAAUGUUUCUCUCAGAAAGGACUACUACUUUCACACCUGAAAGUUCACACAGGUUAGCGGUCUUAUUCAUGUUCAGAGUGUGGGAAACCUUUCAUUUAUAACGUAAGCCUUACUUCUCACCAGAGAUGGCACAUGGACAAUUAUCCUUUUUUUUUCAUGUUCAAAGUGUGGGAAAUGUUUCUCCCGGAAAGGACUACUCUUUUCACACCAGAAAAAUCUCAUAGUUUAACGUCCUUAAUCAUGUCCAGAGUGUGGGAAACCUUUCAAUCAUAAAGUAAGCCUUAUUUACCAACA